AUUUUUUUUUCGCAAUGCGCUUCUCAUCUGUCUCCGCUACUGUAGCGCUCUUCCUGGUUGGUGUCUCCGCGCUUGAUAAGCCGCUUGACAUUCAGGUUGUGGCCUCGUCGAAGUGCGAGAGGAAGACUAAAGUCGGUGACAAGAUCGAUAUGCACUACAAGGGUACACUUGAGGACGGAACCGAGUUUGAUGCUAGCUACAACCGUGGCUCGCCAUUGAGCUUUCACCUUGGCAAGGGACAGGUCAUCAAGGGCUGGGACAAGGGUCUGACUGACAUGUGCAUCGGAGACAAGAGAAAGCUCACUAUCCAGCCGGAGUGGGCCUACGGCAGCCGGGCGAUGGGUCCCAUUCCCGCGAAUUCAGUCCUCAUCUUCGAGACGGAGCUUGUCUCUAUUGCUGGCGUUGGCAAGAGCGAACUUUGAAGCAAUCCCACUCCAGCGCUGAAGUAGACAACCACUGGGAAUACCCUUUAGCAUAAUGUAUCAAUCAUGAGUUCCAAAAAAUAUAAGGAGGAAGAAAACUUUUGUCAUUCGCCUCAAACUCGAUUUCCGACAACCGAACCAGCACGCGUAUCGAGCGUACAGCAUGCGUAUUUUCAUUCGCGUUGUUGACGCAUGGAUGCCGUCUAAAUGCUGUUUAUAAGUCUUGUAUGUUACGUGGAAUCUCACGUGGAAUCUCACAGAUAUGUUUGCCCGUGAUA